AUGCAGCAGACAGGACUCACUGUCGUGGCCUUGGCUGUCUGUGUGGCCCUACACACCUCGGAAGUCCACCCGCUGAGAAAAAAAUCGCACCACCUCGCCAGUGGCGCCAAGCAGGUUUGCCCGCGCAAAGACGGAAAGGCUGCGGGAUGUCGCCCAGCCAUACUUCCCAUUGCCUCCAGCUGUUGCACUGAGGUUUCACAUCAUAUUUCCAGAAGACUGCUGGAAAGAGUGAAUUUAUGUCGCAUCCAGAGAGCUGAUGGGGACUGUGACUUGGCUGCUGUCAUCCUUCAUGUGAAGCGCAGAAGAAUCUGUGUCAGCCCACACAAUCAUACUAUUAAACAAUGGAUGAAAGCUCAAGCAGCCAAAAAAAAUGGAAAAGGCAACCUUUGCCACAAGAAAAAACCCCACAACAAGAGGAACAGUAACAGGUCACAUCAGGGGAGACAUGGAACAUAUGGCCAUAAAACUCCUUAUUAGAGAGUUUACAAAUGAAUCUACAAAGACAGUUCUUCCAGUGAACUUGGCCAUGGUUUGUUAUAAACUUAUCACCUGAAUUUUCCUUAGUGGCAGACAACAGGGCAAGACAAAAUAUUGGUUUUAAAAACUGAACAAUUGCAUAGUAUGCAAAAUGUAGCCCAUAAUAUACACUUAACUGAAAAGUGAGAUGGAAAGAUAAUACUUAUCUUCAUAUAAUAUUUUAAGAGGACUAUGUAGAUACAAUUUCUCCAACUUUUUUAUUACGAAGUUUUCCAAACCUAUAGAGAAAUUAAAAGAAUGGUACAAUGAACACCUGUAUAUCUCUCAUCUAGAAUAACCAUUGUUAAUAUUUUGAUGCAUUUGCUCUCCCUCUUUUCUCUUUGUAUGCGUAUCUGUAAAAUAUUUUAUACGCAUAUAUAACUUUUUUGCUCAAGCAUUUGAAAAUAAAUAAGUUGCAAACAUCAUGACACUUCACCCCUAAUUUCUUUUCGGUUUAUAACUUGGCAUCCCCCAAGAAUAAACACAUUUUCCUAUGUAAUCACAUUGUCUUAUGCCUAAAAAAUUAACAGUUUUACCAUAUUUAUAUAUAUAUUCAAUAUUCAAAUUCCCCCAACUAUUUUCAGAGCAUUUUAUAUAGUUUUUUUCACUCCAGUAAGCAAUCACGGUUGACAUACUGCAGUUGAUCAUUAUAUUUCUUUAGUAUCUUUCAAUCUAAGAAAAUCUCUCUGCUUUUUUUUCCCCCCCUUUCUAGUCUAGGCCAGAAUCUGUUUCACAUUCUGGGUUUGUCUGAUUGUUUUCUUAUGAUCAGGUUCAGGUUUAACAUUUUUGGUUAAGAAUUUCCUAUGCGAAUUUGUAUACUUCUUAUUGUGUCACUUAGAGUUCAUGAACAUUAGAGUUUAUUUUCUAAAUAGAAAAGUUUACACUGACUAUCACUUUAAAACAUCUAAUUUGAGUAGCUACUGUUUGGAUUGACAGAUUCUGAUGCUGGAGGAAAAAAAAUGUCUGCUUUGCUCCUUAGAACCUUCUGACUUCCAGUCAAUUCUUGGAGCAGCAUUAGUUAGGGGUGCAGAGUUCAUUCCCGUGUGGGUGAUUUUACACUCUGCCUGAAUAAGGAGUCAAUAUCUUUUAACUCCUAACCCAUUUUCCCCACACGCUGUGAGUUGAUUCCUAUUGUGCCAUGCCUCUUUUGGCUUCCUUUUUGUCUACAGAGCCUUUGAGAUACAUAGUAAGAGCUCAAUUUUAUAAACAGCCAGCAGAGAGCAGGGGCCAGUUUACCAGGUGUCAGGUUCCUCAGCCUCCCUGCUGGCUAGUCCCAGGCAAUGGUGUAAGGAUGACUUGGAGGUGAUAAUGGGACACACAGAGGUUCUGAGCCUGAUGUAGAUUAAAAUACCACUAAAAUUGGCCUUUUUCUCAUAACUCUCAUUGACACUAAUUUAGCACGUGAUUGAUUUCUUCCCACCAACAAUCCUGCAAGCUUUGUAGUAUUAAUAUUUCUACUUUAUGCAUAAGGAAACCUGAGGCUUUUAGAGAUCAAAUGACUUCCCCAGGGUCACAUAGUAAGUAGUAGGGACAAGCCUUCUUAAAAAAGUAUUUAACGGAGUUGCUGGCUAAAAAAAAAGUAUUUAACGAAAUAUGAGAGUAAUGUAAAAAUAAAUCACAAGUUUAAAAUUAAUCAUAAUAACCAACAUGAAUAAAGAAAUGAAAGUAUUGGUCUCUAAUUCUUUCAACCAACAAAUUAUUUUCAAUUUUGUCUCUUCUAGUCCAGAUCCACAAUUCUACACAAAAUGCAAAUACCUUAAACUUUGUCUGAGGAUAGUGUACCUGGUAGAUCAGAUUCUUAAAGAAAUUCCAUUUUAUAGGGUAUCACAUGUGCUUAGUAAAACAUUGUAUCACUGUUACUAUACUAGGUAUUAUUAUAGUACUAUGAGUAAAUACUAUUACUGUACUAUGCUACUGUAUUAUGAGUAAAUUACCCAGGUUAAUCCCCUACAUUUUCUUUUUUAAAAAUGACGUUUUUAUUGAAGUAAUACAGGUUUGUGAUAAAAGAAAAUCAAAAGUACAGAGGGAUUUAUAAUAAAAAUAGCAUCCUACUACCCUAACCUCUCUAUCCCCAGACCUACACUUCCUUAAGGCGACCUAUUGUAACCCUUCUAAAAGUUUAAGUUCUAGCGAUUACCUCCAUAAUUUCAAAUUAAAUGCUUAAAAUAUCA